GUAAGAGCGUGUUGUUGCUUACAGAAGCAGGAAGGAAGCAGAGAUCGGAAUGCACAACUCGCACGAUGGCAUUUACACUGGUAUCGAUCUUAAUUGCUGCCAUCCCUGUGGCUUACUGCUAUCCUACUACUGCCUUUCAAGACCUGGUGGGAGUUUCCAAAAACAGAACUUCCAUUAAGUUCCUGGCUGUAGGAGACUGGGGUGGUUUGCCUUAUCCCCCGUAUGUCACUGAUGUAGAGAAAGCUACUGCUCAGGAAAUGGGCAAAAUAGCAGAGCAGAUGGGAGCUGACUUUAUUCUGGCCCUUGGUGAUAACUUCUAUUACAAAGGUGUGACGAGUGUGGAUUCUCCCCGGUUUCAGGAAACGUAUGAGUCUGUGUACACUGCAAAGUCUCUCCAAGUCCCCUGGUAUGUGAUUGCUGGCAAUCAUGAUCAUGCAGGGAACGUUAAAGCCCAGAUUGACUACAGCAAAAGAUCUAACCGAUGGAAAUUCCCAUCUUAUUAUUAUGAGCUGAACUUCCACAUCCCCAACACCGGGAAGACCCUGACCAUCAUUAUGCUCGACACAGUCAUGCUGUGCGGCAACUCUGACGACUUCACAGAUGAGAAGCCCCGAGGACCAUUGAAUGAGGUGGAUGCCAACCGUCAGCUGACCUGGCUGGAGGAGAGGCUGGCUCUGUCCAAGGCAGACUUCCUGCUGGUAGCAGGCCACUACCCUGUGUGGUCCGUGUCUGAGCACGGGCCCACACAGUGUCUGCUGCAGAGCCUUUAUCCCCUGCUCAAUAAAUACAAUGCCACUGCCUACCUCUGCGGUCAUGACCAUAACCUGCAGUAUAUUGAGGAGUCUGGUAUAGGCUACGUGGUGAGUGGUGCAGGAAACUUCCUGGAUCCUGAUGUCCGUCACUGGAAUAAUGUUCCCAAAGGUUCUGUGAAGUUCUUCACCGGCCAAGCUUCAACAAUGGGAGGCUUCGUUCAUGCAGAAGUCACGAAGGACAAGAUGACCGUGACCUACUUCCAGGCUAAAGGCACUUCCCUCUUUCGCACGGUCCUCUCUCACAGGAAGUUUGAGUAGAUGACCUAGCCAAAGGGAAGGCUGAGGUUAUCAGUGUUGGUCUGCAGUGCAGUUUAGAAUCAAAGGAAUGACUGUUAAUCUGGUGUUUUAAAACGCUGGCAUUUUAAAGCAUUUAAUUCCUUCAUUUUUAAGAGAAUCAGCUAGAUAUGUGUAAAGUAACUGUAUAUUGAGUGACUAAAUGGAUUGUGAAGAAUGUGUCUUGUCAGCUUAGUUGCAGUCUUGUGACUUAUCUCCAAAUGAUCUGGUUGGAGGGGACUGGAGGGCUGUGACGGAACCUUUAGAAUUUCUUUUUUUAAAAUAAAAUUGCUUUGUUCUGCUGAGAAUUGAUCUGUUGUUCUGAGCAGCAGUUUACAGGCUGACAGCUUGGCUUUAAUAAAUGUGAACAUUUUUACUGGGGUCUAAUACAUGUUUCAAGAAACUA